AUGCCAUCCAGCACCAGCACGAACGGGACCGCUCGCAAGCCUUUCAAGGUCUUGGUCGUUGGUGGCUCCUACGCCGGUCUUUCGGCCUCGCUCAACCUGCUCGACCUGUGCCACGGCAAGCCGCCGCGUUUCCUCCCAGACACGCCAGCUCCCACCGAGAAGAUCCCCGUUGAGAUCACCGUCGUCGACGAGCGCGAUGGAUUCCUGCACCUGAUCUCAACCCCCCUCGCCCACGCCUCGGACGAGUAUGCCCCCAAGGCGUGGACAAAAUUCGACGACGUGCCCGCGCUCAAGGCACCCGGCGUGCGCCACCUGCACGGCCGCGUCGUAUCCGUCGACUGCGCCAAGAAGACGGCCGUCGUCGCCAAGGCCACGGCGUCGUCGCCGCACGAGGCGCCCGUCGAAGAAGCCUACGAUUUCCUCAUCGUCGGGUCCGGGCUCCGGCGCGCCUGGCCCGUCGUGCCGCAGUCGUUGGACAAGGCCUCGUAUCUGGCCGAGGUCGGCGCCCACAUCCAGCGGAUCAAAGAUGCCAAAGAGGGCAUCGUCGUCAUCGGCGGAGGCGCCGUGGGCGUCGAAAUGGCGGCGGAGCUGAAGCUGGUCCACCCGACGCAAAAGGUCACGCUGAUCCACUCGCGGGACAAGCUGCUCUCGUCGGAGCCGCUGCCCGACGACUUCCGGGACCGCGCCCUCGCCGUGCUGCGCGAGGCCGGCGUCGAGACCGUCCUGGGCCGCAGGGUGCUCGACACCGCCCCCGUCGACGGCGGCGCGUCCCACUUCAAACUGACCCUGUCCGACGGCUCGAGCCUGAUCGCCGGCCAGGUCGUCAACGCCAUCUCCAAGAGCGUCCCGACCUCGUCCUUCCUGCCAAAGGCCAUCCUGGACGACGAGGGCUACGUCAAGAUCCAAGCCUCCCUCCGCUUCCCCGACACCGUCCCCAACGCCUCGCACCACUACGCCGCCGGCGACAUCGUGCGGUGGUCCGGCAUCAAGCGCUGCGGCGCCGCCAUGCACAUGGGCCAGUACGUAGCGCAGAACGUGCACGCGCAAAUGCUCAUGGACAGCACUGCUACUAGCGGCGUGGGCGCGACUCAUGCCGCCGACGAACCACCCAAAAUCGGGGCCAACGGGUCAUCAUCAUCAUCAUCACCAUGGAAGGAGCUCGGCGAGAUCCCGCCCAUGAUCGGCCUCGCCGUCGCCACCAAGGCCGUCGUCUACGACCCGCAGGAGGGCACCAGCGACGGCGAGCACCUGCUCGAGAGCUACUUCGGCCGGGACCUGGGCCGUCAGAUCUGCUGGAAUUACAUGGGUUUGGGUCGGGAGUUUGUUGCGGCGGCAUAG